AUGCUGCUGAUCGAUUGCUUCCGCCGGCCAUCGCACGAGCUGCAGGCAAGGAAAAAGCAAUCGUCCAAGGAGCUGGUGCAGAUGCGCAAACUUUACCGCGAUCCUGUGAAGGUACUGCUGCUCGGUGCGGGUGAAUCAGGCAAAACCACCAUCAUCAAGCAGAUGCGCAUUCUGCACAUACAGAACAGCUACAGUUUCGAUGAACGGUUAGAGAAGCUGACGGACAUUUACGAGAACAUACACGAAUCGAUCUACGAGCUGGUGCGGCAGGUAAUACUGCUCGAGCUGGAGUUUGAUUCGGUCACCAAUCAACGGUGUGCGGAAUACAUUCUACGAAUGGGGCAACAGGCGCCCUGGAAUCUCUCGACCGAGUACGUGCAGUGCGUCCGUCGGCUGUGGUCGGACACAGGUGUCAAACGGUGCUACAAACGCUCGAACGAGUUCCAACUGAUCGAAAGUGCCAAGUACUUUCUUGAUCGCGUGGAAAAGAUCUCAAUGCCAGGAUACAUACCGACCAACAGUGACAUACUGAAUUGCCGCAAGACCACAACCGGCAUACAGGAGAUCCGCUUCAAUGUGCGCAUGCCCAGCUCACUCGGUGGCGGUAUGCAGGAGUUUCGCAUGUUUGAUGUCGGUGGGCAGCGGCAUCAUCGCAGCAAAUGGAUGCAAGCAUUCGAGGGCGUCCAAGCGGUCCUGUUUUUGAUCUCUUGCGGUGGGUUCGAUCAAACGUUGCGGGAAGAUCCGAAGCAGAACCGGUUAGCGGAAGGGUUCGAGCUGUUCCGGGGCGUUUGGCACAAUCGGUUUCUGGCCGAAACUGGCGUGAUUGUGUUCAUGAACAAACAGGAUGUACUGGAACGGAAGCUGCUGGCGGGUAAAUCGAUACGAACGUACUUUCCCGACUAUGAUGAUUAUGUUGCGUUUGCGGAUAAGGACCAGCUGUACGAUGAGCUAACGCGCACGAGAUCGUUUAUCCGCUCGAAACUGGUGGACAUCACAAACGAACCACCGAGAAGAACAUCUCAUCUGGUAGGACGGAAACGCACUUGCUACUUCCAUUUCACCAUUGCCACCGACACGCAGAACGUGCGUACCGUUUUCAGCGAUGUGCACAAUAUAAUCCUGACGAAAAACCUUUCUAAAAUGGAUUUACUUUAG